CGACUUUAAUUUUUAUUUAUAUCACAGAUACCAAGUGUUGAAGACAGCAAGACAUGGCGUUGCGGCACUUAAUUUUUCUUUGUUUGCUUACGACGGUAUUGUGUGCUAAAGUUAAGCUAGAUAAAAAGUUCAUAAAACAAGUUGUAAAGGAACACAAUAAAAUCCGAGCUGAACAUGGCGUCGAUCCGGUUAAAAAGAAUACGAAAAUGUCAAAGUAUGCUCAGAAAUGGGCUAACUACCUUUAUGAAAAUGGAAAAUUCGAGCACCGAUCGGACAGUAAAUACGGAGAAAACCUAUCCUACAUGUCGGGAUCAGCUAAAGGCAAGGACCAUGUACAAAACCUUUACCUGCAGGAAGAGCAGCACUACCGCGAUAAUGGCUACUACGGCACAGAACCUCCAAUGGGGGACUUUGCAAAUUUUGGACAUUUCACUCAGAUUGUGUGGAAGGGAAGUACAAAAAUAGGUGUUGGUAUUGCAGGAGGAAUAGUCGUGGUCAACUACGAUCCCCCAGGCAACAUGAUUGGUGAUUUCAUUGAAAAUGUAUCCGAUAAAAGCUAGAGUCAAAAGAAAUGAUAUUCCAGUAAUGAUAUG